GGCGUCAAAAAUACCACCAAGGGAGCAGCAGCUUUCCACUCAGCUACACUCGGCUGUUGUCCACCGCUCCGAUGCGUAAAUAUCCCAGAGAAAACUCGUCUUUUCUCCAAACAGAGACACACAGACCGAGCUGACAAUGGAUGCAGGCUUUGUCCUAUUCUGACUGUUUAAAGUGAGCCACGUCAGACUGGUUCGACUUUAAUGCCUGUCAGAGGAUUGUACUCGGCACCUUCUUUGCAACAGCCAUCGGCAGUUUUUCUUUUUUUUUCCGUUUUAGGACACAAAUGAGGGGGAAGAUGUGGAUAUUUUCCAGUGCCGACCACUCAAAGUAUGUUUUGUCUAUUUGGAAUCAGUGGUGUUUGUAUUACGCAGCGGUGGUGUGUUUGUUAUUGUCGCCGAUCAGGGCGGAAGAUGCGUGCCCGUAUUCCUGCACCUGUGCCAGAGACUCGGGGACGGUGACCUGCGGUGAUGGGGAGGACACAGAGGUACCCGGAGACAUACCCGAGUGGACGUCCACCUUUAUACUUAAGGGGGGAAACAUUUCAACUUUACAGCGCGGUGCGUUCACGACGAACGGCACGGAGUUGGAAAUGACAACACUGUCGCUGCCCUUUAACGGGAUUCAGGCUAUUGAACCGUACGCCUUUCUGGGACUUCCCCGGCUGCAUUUACUGGAUCUGAGCCAUAACCAGUUGGAGUCUAUCUCGGCCAGGGCUUUCCAUGGAUUACCGGAGCUGCGCUCCCUCUUCUUGAAUCACUCGGUUUUACCUUGCGCCGCGGCGCAGCUCUCCAAUGCGCUCAGCGCACAAAGUUUGCGUAACCUCCAUAGACUGGAGUUGGCGGGAAACAAGCUGAAGUCUAUACCCCUGUCGCGAUUUGAUAUCUAUAACCUCCACGUGUUAGUGCUGAUAAAUAACUCAAUAGAGAGCAUCGGCUGGGAAAACGUAACCAACCUGUACCAGCAAAGGCGCAUGCGCGUGUAUUUGUCUUUAAAUCCGUUUCGGUGCACCUGUGAACUGGAGGCGUUUUACUAUUGGUUGAAGAACUCGUCCCAGUGCCCGGAUGCAGGUAGUCUCCUGUGUCGUGAGCCGGAGGCCAGGAGGGGAAUCCCCGUGGAGAAGCUCCGGGGGGAGGACGUGGAUUGUAUGAACGAGAACCUGGAGGCGGUUUCGUACGUGUUCCUCGGUUUAGUGCUGGCUCUGAUCGGUGUGGUGUUCCUGAUGGUGCUGUACCUCAACCGGGGAGGCAUCAAGCGGUGGCUGAACAAUAUCAGAGAGGCGUGCCGAGACCAGAUGGAGGUCUACCAUUAUCGAUACGAGCAGGACUCCGAUCCGAGACUGGCCAACGUGGCCGUUUGACCCAGAGAAACACAAUAUUUAGAGGACACGGAAGAAAAAGUUGUGGCUUUUAAAACCACAUCCAUUUUCAGCAAUUGGCCAAGUCCCUCACUCUGGGAGCCAAAGCCAGUUAAAUGACAAUAAGACUCUAUUAAGUGUUCAUUUUGUACAACUGAAGACACUAUUGUACAUAUUGUAUCUCCUCUAGACAGGAAUGGCUUUCAUGCAUAUUAUUACACAGUCCGCUGCUUGUCAGACUCACUUAGUAUUAUUUAUCUUAUUAACCAAGUGACAAAUAUACAGUAUUUAUAUAGAAUCUCCAAGCUGAAAAGAUGACAGGAAAUCUGUGUUAUUGCUGGAAAGUGCAGUCCAUGAAAACUGUUUAAUGGUUUUUCAUUCAGCAAAGAACACGCAGCAAGAACAAAAUUCAUCUUUUAAUCUACUGUAAUAUCGCAAUCUACUGCAUAUUGCAAAUAUCGACAGGAAAGUGGCAGAGGAAGAGGGAUGAUGUGUCUGUUGGAGCGUGGAGCAAGCGCUGCUGAAGUAAACGGCUGUAUUUCAACAUCAGUUCCCAACCUCAUCUCCGAGAAUAGACUUUAAUCACUGAAAAUAAUACGCAUCACUUGACUCCAGGUCAGUUAAUGGGCGACAGGGGAAGAGACAGAUUGUUACCAUGCAUGUGACUGUACAGUAGUACACCUAGAAAAACAACCAGAACCUUAAUAAAAGUUCAAAUAAAAACAGCGAGCUAGCAGUGUUCUUCAUGUCAGCAUGAGUUAUCGCCACUGUCAGGAAGUGAUGACUUCAUGCAAACUGUGCUGUACAUUAACUAUAGGAGAUGUUUGGAAAUCCGCUUGAUUUAGGGGCGUAGAGUUCAUCCACUCAUGCCCUGAUCUACUGUAACAUGCCACGUCACCGUCAAGGUGAACCAAAGGGGAAAAAAAAGGUCAAGGCCACCUCAUCUGCCUCUUUACAAAGCCCCAGGGAGUGUGAGGUCUGCAUGGGGAGAUACGACAGGAAGGCGCAGCAGCAGUGUUAAUGUCAUCAGCGGCGUGACUAAUAAACCACAGAGAACGAGGAUCGACCUGUGAAGUCGGUAUCUCUCUGGCUCGCCGCUCAUCAGUUCCCUUAACUAAAGGUCUAUAUGGAGAUUACAAGGGUUUCGGAUGCAAGGUCAAACACGGAAAAAGACACUGAGUGUCUGACAGAAAGAGCUUAUUUAAGUUUUGUGCAUAAAAAGUUCACAGACUUUUAUAUCAUAAACAAGUUACAACCUCCGCUGACAACGGCGGCUGGAGAACGAAUGCUUGAACAAAUUACACUUUGAAACAAGUAGCUGACAGAAGUAUCUGCAAUCAGUGUGAUUUUUAGACCUGAUUUCCCUCUCCAAUAAAUCAUAUGCAGCAGAUUUAAGACAGUGAGGUGAGAAGUAAUCCAUCAUCUACAGAGGACCCGAUGUAAAUCUCAUUUUAUUAUUUCAGCAGAGCAGGAGGAACCUUUACAUAACAAUAGAUAAAUGUGGCACGCUGCCACUUGUUGACAUGCCAGCCUGCCAUGCACUACACUGUCAUGUAUAUGCAGGCCGAGCUAAAGCUAAGCUAAUCAUCCGGACAGCAGUGUUCAAGGAUAAAAGCAUUUGUGCGCUGCAUACGCAUGUCCCAGGUAACAAGAGUCUACAGUCACACAAGCAGCUUUGCAAGGCUGUACUUUGAGAUAACGGCAGUAUGCUACCACACUCACACCGGCAGGAUGAUGUUUAGGAGGUACACUUUUGCUGUGUUCAUGUAAGGAUGUUUGCUCAUCGCCAGUUUACACAGAGGUAGAUGGAUAUGUGAUUACUUUUGCAGGUGUUUGGCGAGAAAAGUGAGGACUGGAAAGCGUUUUUCACUCACUUGGCGUUGCCAGGAAAAGCUGAAGGAACAUUGAGGGUAGAUAUUAUUUCACGAUAUCCAAGACUUAGGAUCACAACCAUGAAUGUUUUAUGGUAAUCCAUCUAAUAGCUGUCCAAUAUUUCAGUCUGGCGUGAAGUGAUGGACUGACCGGCUGACCAACCUUUUCCAUUCAAAGAGCCGCGUCACUGCUGUGCCCGAGGAUUAGGUCUAUAAGUUUGACACAGUUGAUAUACAACUACCGAUAAAAGUCCAUAAAGAGAAACCUGCUGUGUCAAAAGCCGUUGUGUUGCUGUUAGGUUUUAGGAUAAGCUU